AAUACACUCGUCCUAAUGUAAGUUUUGGGAUUUUCCCUGGCUGUCCCCUCUAAAACAUACAGGAAAUGUCUUCAUGUUCUCUAGGCAGAUUGGCAGAGGAAUUCUCCAAUGUCUUAGCUUCCCUUCAGUCUGGGACCAGCUCUGCAUCCUGCGUGCUUUUUGGCUGUAUGUUACUGGGUACUGGAUCACAAACACGGCCAAAGGCAAAUGAGAGGAUUAAUUUUGCUGGAAGCACAUUUCUUUUAUCAUAUAGUGGAAGGGAAAGUGAAAACGGAACAGUAAGGAUGAAGUUUACAGCUAUAUAAAUCGCUUGUGGCAAUUAAGCUGCUCAGGAAAUUUCAGUGAACAGGGAGGAACAUACUGAAAGAUUAGAAAGAUUCAGACAGAGAAGAGGUAGGUGGACUGCUCUACAUGGACCCUUUUGAAACAGAUACCGAGUGUGCAACAAGUUACAAGUCAGAGAUACCUUGAAUAUACAAUUUAUUACAGCAGCUUUGGAGACUGAGUGAACCGUUUGUUACUGCAGGCGGAAAUGGGCAGCAACACUGAAGAACAUGUAAAAACUGAGUGAGGAUCUGUAACCUUGUUAUGAGCCACUUGUAACCCUCGAAACAAUUUGCUGCAAAUGUAUCACAGUCAUCAGUGAAGGGCAACAUAGGUGGCUGAAUAGCUGCUCCAUGAAAAAAGGUCUCCAGUACACCUAGAAUGGCUUCUCGCAUACAUAUGAAUAGUCUCAUGUCAUACCGUGGUAGGCUGAUUGUUCUCCUGAUGCUGGCAGUAAUUUCCGUUCCUGUCAUCACAGACGUAUGGACAGAUGAAGGUGUACUGUAUCAUUCUUUAGGAACAGAUAUCAAAUUGCCAUGCAAGAAUGCUGACAGCAGCUCUUGGGUAGAGUGGAGAGUCAACGGCACAAAUUUUACACAAAUAACUGAAUCCAUAGAUGGAAAUCUUCUACUGAGAAACACAUCACAUUCUUUGGAAGGGAAUUACAGCUGUCAUGACAUGACCGGCCAGCUGCUGUGGUCCAUUUACCUUAGACUGGGAUAUCCUCCAGAAAGGCCAUCAGUUGAAUGCCAUACUUCUAAUUUUGAGGACCUUAUUUGCACAUGGAAAUCAAGUCGACAGACCUUUCUCCCAACAAAGUACUUUGCAGAGUAUAGAUUUUCUGGUAGAGUCAAUAAAUGUGUAGAAGAUCAUGUAAAUGAGAAUACUUGCAGGAUAAAUAGAACACAGUCAUGGAGUUCUUAUAUGGUCAAUGUAACGGAAGUUAACCCCCUUGGGUCUACAUUUAAACUGAAAAAGUUUAUUCCACGUAACAUUGUUAAACCCGACCCUCCAGAAAACCUGUUGGUGGAGCAAGUUCCAUUUUAUCCAAGAAGUCUGAGAGUACACUGGGAAUGUCCUUCUUCCUGGCCCAAAGCACCUCAUCUCCAUUUAAAAUUUUGCAUAAAUUAUCGGUCAGUAGCCCAUAGUUCUUGGUCUGCGUUAGAGUCCACAGAUACGGCAGUAUUAAUCACCGAUGCUAUCGCUGGUAAACCGCAUGUAGUAAAAGUGAGGGCAAAGGACUUCCUGGAUUCUGGGAGUUGGAGCAAUUGGAGUGCUGAAGCAUAUGGUGUCCCUUGGACUGAACCCACUAUAACACCAACUGAAGAGACUUCAGCUGAAAGCACAGUUACUCAGAUGACAGAAUUUUCACUGUCUUCAACCUUAAGUUCUUCAGUGGUAGAGCUCUACUAGCUGAACUGCUAUGUUUUAAUUCACCAUUUUAAAGGGAAGCACCAUCACUGCCAGAGAAAAAUUAAUUUAAUAUCCAGAGAGCCAAGUGUGCACCAUUUACACCUCUACCUGCUUGGAAGUUUCAUCAGCCAUGGAGAGCUUCAAAUCACCUCUGACCGAGUACCUUUUCCAUUUAAGAGGAAGAGGGCAAGUCUGGAACUUCUGAGAGAAAAUCACUGUAACUUGGAACAAAAUGUGGAAUUUUACUAAAUGUGUGAACUAUAUUCAGGAGUAAAUAAUUCUGUCACACUUGAAUAACUGUUGUCAUCAAAUCCUGUAAUGGGGACAACACUGUGAUUUGUUCCAAGUUUAACUUCAAAGUCUAGUGGUGAUUGUUCAUACAUUAAUGUAGACUAUUACACCUUCUUUGUGUAAUUUGGUUUUAUUAUGUCUCUAAUUUUUAGGGAGGGAAGAUUUUGUUUGUAUAUUGUUUGUUGUGUUUUUCUUCUCAUCUGACUUGUGUUCGAUGCUACAGGUUCAGUGUAUCACUGAUUGCAUUUAGAAGUGGAUAUUUCAUGUUUGUAAAAUGUUGUCUCUUCAGUACAGUAUUUUCUUUUUUUUUAUUCUGCUUGUUGCUGUACAAAGCAAAGUAUCCCUUUAUCACAGGCAUUAGGUGACUUUAGAGGUGUUAGCACUUUGUGCUGAAUUUAAGGAAGUUUCAUUAUUGAAAGAGAGCCUCUGGUGGUCAGAAUCCAUUAUUUGCAUGCACGCACACAUAUAUUGUACUGUGUUUAAUAAUGGCAUAUGAAUUAUAACAAACUGGAGUGCUUUGUUCCUAUAAGAGUUAAGUAUGUUUUGUUGUGUCAGUACCAGUAGACAGCCUGAUGUAAAGAUCCUUGACAUUUAUUUUUUGUUUUCAUAAAGUUGAGAGUCCCAGUAUUUUCAGUCCCGUUAUAGUUUGUACUCUCUAGUGCAUGCAGAAACUACAGUCUCAAUAAUUGGAGUUGUAGUAGAUGAGCAUAGGCAGAGUAUGAGAAGGGCUAGUGAAUGCAAACAGUGCCAGUUCUUCAUGAGUGGGCCAGACAGGUAGUACCUCUCCUUUUAUCACUUAACCUUCUUACACAGUGGCACCAUCUAAUUUAUGGGUGUUUGCCUCAGAGGAUUAAAAAUAUAGACUAUAGAUUUUACAUUAUAAUUAUUUUAUUAUAUUGAUAGUAAUAUUUACACUCCGUAUGGUUAAGACUUUUACUGAAUAUUGUGUAUUUUACAAUGAAUAUGAUUUACUUUCCAUUUUUUAAUGAAACUUAAGCUGUCAACCAUUGUUGAAUCAAUCUAUAUUAAUAUAAUUUGUCCCUUUCACUUCUAGAUCUCUGUUGCUGUUUGACCAUUGCAGCCUUAUCAUAAUAGUAUUGCCCAUAUACCUUGUGUGAACAGCAUUAUCCGUACCUUGUGUGACUGCUGAAAUAUGUUUGCUGUGUGAGUAUCAUUACAGCUGAGUGGGCAAGAAUAGCAGAGACCUGUCAAUAGUUAAAUGAAGCCAGAUCUUUAGAUGGGGCAUUCUUAGAACCAUACCACAGAGCUAUUUCUUUAUUAAAAAUGAAUAACCAUGAAAUGUCUUACUGCCCUUUACAACUUGAUGCAUUUUCCUAAUGGGAAUACAUCCCAGAUUUUUAGUUGAAUGGCCAUAUUGUUUAGUAAACUGCAGCAGUCUCUUCUUACAGAUUAAAAUUCAACUUUGGCUUCUGUUAGCAGUGAAUGAGUUUAAUAGACUCUGUUUAGACUGUGUCUUUGAAUGUGCAAAGUGCAGUGUACCAUAGUUUAAUGGCAGCUGUCUGUAAAAUGGCAGUCAAAACAUUACCUUAUGCUGUUAGUGAGGCAGCAUACUUCCAUGUGUAGAACACCAAGGUUUAUGCAGAAAGCAGCACAAUAGGAGUGAUAGUUGUAAACUGAGGUUCAUUUUUUUUUACAGCAGUGCUAAUGUACAUUCUAGUAGACCGAUGAAGACCAAGUUAUUCUCCUGAGAAGGAGUUUGAAGUGGCCACAAGAGUGAGGCUUGAGAAAAUACCACAGACUAAAGUCCAGCAUCAAAAAUAACUUGGAUUAUCUCAUUUACUUCUGCUGUACCUGUGUAUGGCAGAACAGACAGGUCAUUUUAAUGCUGAGCUUUUGAGAUGUACUAAGAGCCUUGUGUUUCCUAAUAUUUGCUUCAUGGGAAGGUUACUCAUAAUCUGCACCUAUGUAUACAAGUACAAGUUACAUAACAUACACCAAAUCCAUGAUAUCCCUAGAAAGUUAAGGAUGUCAAGAGUGUUAAUGUGACAAACCUAAAAGUGUGUCUGCUGUGGGUCAGAAUGUUGAGUGGUAUGUCUGUGUUAAAAACAGACUAGUAUUUUAAAUGCAGACAUCUAAAAUAUUACCAUAGGUGGCAAAAUAUGUGGCAGUAAAAGUCCUGAGUCUGUGAAAUGGCAACAAAUGUGUAGUUGGCCUCAUAUGAUUGACUAUAUAGCUGAUUGACAAGUGUGUGAACCCGACAAUUCUUGGGAAGAAAAUAUUCCCUUUCCUCAAGCAUUGAGCGACCUGAGAGUUAGUCUGUAUAAUUUGGGGGGGGGGGUCACAUGGACUUUUUUUUUUUUAAAAUUUUGCAAUUGCAUUCAUUGAGACAUAUUCUCCAUGCAUGCAUGGUGCUUUGUCAGCUUCUGGGUUUUCAAUCAUUUGUGAUCGAUAUUUAGGCAGUCGACUUUAGGUGUUUUUUCUAAUGUGUAGUACACUUAUACACACGCACACACAUAUAUUCUAGGAGAUAUAUUCAAAAAUAAGUCCUUUUUAGACUCUUAUUCAAACAUAUGGGCUGUUAAUUAGACAAGUCCAUGUUCUGCCUACUGAGUUUUUUCCAGUAACUGCUUAACAGCUGUUUAGCUGUGUAGAACAUGCACAGGUAUUUUUGGAUCAGGACAUAUUUGCUCACCUCUGUAAAACUUUCUUGUACCGAAGUUGGAAUAAUACCAGUACUUUUUUGCACAAACAGUAUAUGCCCAUAGCAUUUUGGCUAAAAAUGAUGGAUAAACUUGCAUGAGAAUUUUGCUUCUUUAAAAUGUUACAUUCCUACAUCGCUGAGGAAAAUUACUGAAUGUAUCUCUCGUUCUAAAGGUGGGAAUUUUAAGAAUUUCACAUUUUUGGAUGGCAGCAGUGUUAUAGCUAACAGCACAUUUCUCUUCAGCUGCAGUGUGGUACCAGGAACACAUGACAAAGUGAGCAUUAUUUCUUAUGAUGAUCUCCUUCAUAUCGGUAAACCUGCUGCUGACUACUGUGUAUAGCAUUUGAGACCAUGUUCUUGGAUUACUUUUUCUUGAAAAUGCUGUAUAAUAACUAGUACAGCUGUACUUCAGCUUAUUUUAAAACUCUCUGCUUAUGGUAGUCAUUUGUUUGUACAGCUUUGAAAAUGUGCCUGAAUGGUAUAGUUUUAAUGUUUUAAAAAGGAGAUAACCUGUCCAUAAAAACCUUGUUAUUUUAAAA